AUGCCAUCGAGUAACAGUUGCACGUUGCCGCGGUUCAUCGGUCAUGUCGCCACGGUAUCCUUGCUGAUGGCCUAUUCCGGAAUUAACUCUUACUACGCGUGGUACAUCAACAAGGUCCUUGAGCCAACCUUGGAGGUUGACUUUCCCGACGACCAGCCCGCUCGAGCCAAACGCGUUUUUGGAUUCAUACUUCUGACCGCUUUGUUAUCAGGCAUAAUUUCCAUCAAAGCCUUCCUCCAUGGACUACAACAUUCGAGGAACUAUGGUUUUUGGAGAUGCUCAGUUUUCUGCAACAUCAUCACGGCAUUCUUCUCGUUCUCAUCACAUUUAGCGUACGGUGCCAUUGCUUUAUGGUACGCUCAUGACUGGCAGCAGAUUAUCUCCGAAGCGGGCGGCUAUGGGAAGGGAAAAGCCGACUAUUGCCACUAUUUGGUCGUGCUGAGAGCUUUCGAGGUAGCACUCGGUGGGAUGCCCCAGAAAGAACAAGCAAUGGCAAUGGCCUCAUUCGACCAAACAGGGAAUAGGCCAAAUCCGUAUGGAGAUGAUGCCGCCAUAGACGCAUAUAUGGUACUUAACUGGUCAGUCUGGUGGCUACAUGCUGGCGACUGGGAAGAGCGUAUCGGUCUUGUCAGUCUUACACAUGACAGCUGA